UGUCGCAGGUAGACUACGAACUUAUAAAGUAAGUGUCAUCAUCCCGAAGUUUUUACCAAUUAAAAGAAAAUAUUUUUGUUUCUCGUCUUUGUUAAAUCUUAUACAGGUUGGAACCAUGGGAUGCGAUGGAGGGACAAUUCCCAGGCGAGAUGAACUGGUCCGUAUGAAAAAAAAGCCCGAACAGAAAGACAAAGAUGCUGAAAAUGUAGCUAAAUGGAAGCAUUGUGCUAUCACCCAAGAAGAACUUCGAGCUCCUAUUGUAUCAUGUGAACUUGGAAGAUUAUAUAAUAAAGAGUCCGUUUUGGAGUUUCUUCUGAAUCGAGAUGAAGCUUUGCAUUUGGCUAGCCACAUAAGAAGUCUCAAAGUUAAUACAUGUUUCUGUAAUGGAAAGUACAGGUUCUGUUACCUUCGAGAAUGUGCUUGUGUGUUGUCAGAGAAAGCAUUGAAAGAAGUCAAGUCAUCAGUUUGUCACAAGUGUGGUAAGCCAUUCAAGGAAGACGAUAUUAUAAUCAUCAAUGGGACAGAUGAAGAAAUAGAAAUUCAAAGACUGAAGAUGGAAGAACGAAGGGCAAGAAGCAAGUUGGAAAAGAAAUCCAAGAAACAUAAAAUAAAGGAAGGAAACACAACUGAUGCAGUUGAAAAGAAACAAAAGACAGAGAAUGGUGAAUCAUGUCCACCAAAAGAUGACAAAAAAGGGAACCCUAAUGGCGAUACAAAGAACUGCAAGGUGGCUGGUUCAGGUACCAGUAAAACAUCAAACUCAUCCUCAGCGGGGACUUCUACAAAGCUGACUAUACCUGACAAGGCACAGAGUAAAUACAGCAUUGCAAAAGAUCCCCAUGCUAGUGAAGCAUUCAAGUCUCUCUUCACAUCUCACAGAAAUGCUCUGAACAAGCCCACAGCACACUGGGUUACUCAUAACCCACUCUAUUAUUGAACAUUUAUGUUUGUUUUAACCUUACAAACUGUAAAAAAAAAAAAAAUAUUAUUUUGUUUUCUCGGUCGACGUGCAGAGGUGAUGUUAAUACUUUUGAAAUAAUUUUCAUAAGGAAUACACAGAAUGCUAUUAAUUAAAGUACCCAUAGAUAAGUAAAGUAAUAACUUUUGAUGGAAACUUCAUGAUUUCUUAAGGAAUACACAGAAUAUUAUUAAUUUAAAAUUAACUCAUCACUUUUGGUGGAAUCUUAACAAUUUCCAGAAAUAUUAAAUGAUUUAAGAACUUGCAAAGACACUAUAGUGUAACUUUUUUUUUACAACACUGCAUUUAGUGUUUAUGAAAUUUAAUUUGUCACCAAUUGAUUACAGAACUGUUGAAAAAUUACAAUUGUUUAAGUCCAAGUGGCUAUGGUGAAAAUAUAGUGUGUAUUGGGUAGAAAUAAAAAUAUGAACCUGCAAAGCAUUAAAGCUAGCUACCACUAUUUUGAUCUAGCAACCAGAUGGCAACACCCAGCGGACUACUCUUUACCAUCAAUCAGUGUGAUUGACUGUCUUAUUAUAAUGACCCACAGUUUGUGAAUUGAACAACCUUAACCACCAGGUCAUGCCAGGACUCCUGCUUUAAGAAGUUCACAUUCUGUUACAUUCCUUUAAUGUGGAAAAUAUAUAUUUAAUAAAUUCUUGAAAGAACUGA